GCAUGCGCACAGUAACCUGCCCUGAUCAGCUGACUGACUGUGAUGCUGUGUUGAAGCACCUUUGAGUAAAAGAAAAUACCCGUUAAUAUCUGCGCUAUGUACGGGCAGCAACUGCUGAACUGAAAAACACCGUGUGGACCAAACACUGAAGCCAGCGGACACACCGUGACUUGUUUACAUCAAAGUUCAGGUGGACGAACCUUUACUCACCAGCAGCCAUGACAGAAUUCUGGUUGAUCUCCGCUCCGGGGGAGAAGACGUGCCAGCAGACCUGGGACAAGCUGAUGGUGGCCACCACACGCACCAACAACCUCUCUGUUAACAACAAGUUCAACAUUCCUGAUCUCAAGGUUGGAACACUAGAUGUCUUGGUGGGUCUGUCAGAUGAACUGGCUAAACUCGACACUUUUGUGGAAAGUGUGGUGAAGAAGGUGGCUCAGUACAUGGCCGAUGUCCUGGAGGACAGCAGAGACAAAGUCCAGGAGAACCUACUGGCUAAUGGAGUGGACUUGGUCACCUACAUCACCAGAUUUCAGUGGGACAUGGCAAAGUAUCCAAUCAAACAGUCGCUGAAAAACAUUUCUGAGAUUGUCUCCAAGCAAGCGACUCAGAUAGACAAUGACCUGAAGGCCAGAGCUUCAGCCUACAACAACCUGAAGGGAAACCUGCAGAACCUGGAGAGGAAGAAUGCGGGGAGCUUGUUGACCAGGAGUUUGGCUGACAUAGUGAAGAAAGAGGACUUUGUUCUGGACUCAGAGUACCUCAUCACCAUGCUGGUGGUCGUCCCAAAGACAAGUUAUACUGAGUGGCAGAAGGAGUAUGAAACCCUGGCAGAAAUGGUUGUGCCACGCUCCACAAAGCUGCUGUUUGAGGACCAUGACAGCGGUCUGUUCAGUGUCACUCUCUUCAGGAAGGCUAUAGAUGACUUCAAGCACAAGGCCAGGGAAAACAAGUUUACAGUGCGUGACUUCCAGUACAAUGAGGAGGAGAUGAAGGCAGACAAAGAGGAGAUGACACGUUUGUCCACCGACAAGAAGAAACAGUUUGGGCCUUUGGUUCGAUGGCUGAAAGUGAAUUUCAGCGAAGCCUUCAUUGCGUGGAUUCACAUAAAAGCCCUGCGUGUGUUUGUGGAGUCAGUAUUGAGAUACGGGCUGCCGGUGAACUUCCAGGCCAUGCUGCUUCAGCCCAACAAGAAGAACAUGAAGAAGCUGAGAGAGGUGCUGUACGAGCUGUACAAACACCUGGACAGCAGUGCUGCCAUCAUUGAUGCCUCUAUGGACAUCCCAGGACUGAACUUGAGCCAGCAGGAGUACUACCCCUACGUUUACUACAAGAUCGACUGCAACCUGCUGGACUUCAAAGUCUAAAUGCUUCACCAUCAUCAUCUCACUCUGUGUGCAUAUUUUCUUGAUGUGACAUGUUCACAUACCCAAGCUUUAAUUUAUUUCCAACCUGUUUUUUUGUUGUCUUCCCAUCUUUUUUUCCCCUCUCAUGUUCCUGGUACAUUCCCGGCUCCAUAGUAAUGAAGUUGUUGAACUUGUGUUCUGAUAUACUUGACUAAUAUGGGCCUUCUUCUUUGUUGUCAUUUCCUCUUUGUACCUCGCUGUAAAAGUAAAUAGCUCCCCAGUUUUCACCCACCAACAAGACAUUCCCCAUCAAUAUGCUGCAUUUUUAUUGUUGUUUUUUUCCUUAUGCCCCUACUUUACUCAAAGCAACAAAAACGGUACACGUGGGGAAAACAGGGGGGAAAUAAUUGUAUGUUAAAUAUAGUAUUUAUUUAAAGCCUCUAAAAUCAGUGAAAAGGUUUUUGUCUGUUCUGUUUUUGAAAGUGACGUGUUUUUAGUUCCAUGUAAGGAAUGUCUGUUUACAAAGUAGAUGUUGACCAUUGUUCCCCCCACUGAAGCUAUAAUCCUGUGAACUACUGAGACGGAUCAUUUUACAGUAUAAAGAAGCAAUAUGUUUGCUGAUUGUACUCUCCUAUAAUUUCUGUAUAUUUCGCAGUUUGAGAGAAAUCAUAAUGGGUCUAUGUGCAAAUACUGUAUUGUCAGUAUAACUGAAAAUUACACCAUAUAUUUAAAAUCAAUGUGAAAAAUAAAUACUCUAUGUGAAAUACAA